GUGUUGCUUACACAAAUUUUGCAGUAAAAGACUAAAAUAAGAAAAUUUCAUCAGUCGAGAACAAACUUUAAAUUUCUUUUAUUACAAAUUUUAAAAAUAGAAACAAAAAAAUGGCAUUAAAAGUUUUAGUGGGGCAAAAAAUUAUGAACGAGGUUAUUAAAUACAAGCCUCCAGCUCCAACAAAAAAGCCGGGAGCUGCUGCAACAUCAGCAAAACCGCCCGGUGGUGUAGAAUGGCGUGUUCUUGUUGUUGAUAAACUUGCAAUGCGUAUGGUAUCAGCAUGUUGUAAAAUGCAUGAUAUUAGUGCGGAAGGAAUAACUUUGGUCGAAGAUAUACAUAAAAAGAGAGAACCUUUGCCAACGAUGGAAGCUGUUUAUUUAAUAACUCCUUCAGAUGAAUCUGUUGGUGGGUUGAUUCGCGAUUUUGCACAUCCAAACCGACCAAUGUAUCGAUAUGCACAUGUGUUCUUUACCGAAGCAAUGCCUGAUCAUAUAUUCCGUAUGUUAGAACUUCGAAAAGAUGUACUUAAAUUUUUUAAAUGCUGUGUAGAAAUAAAUAUAGCAUUUAUACCGUUUGAAGAGCAGGUAUUUUCUCUUGAUUCCCCGGAUACAUUUCAAUGCCUAUAUUCACCAGCAUUUGCUUCAGUUCGGGCUAAACAUAUUGAACGUAUUGCAGAACAAGUUGCAACAUUAUGUGCAACUUUAGGUGAAUAUCCAUCAGUACGUUAUCGUUCUGAUUGGGAUAGAAAUGUUGAUUUAGCUGCUUCAAUUCAACAAAAAUUGGAUGCCUAUAAAGCUGAUGAACCAACAAUGGGUGAAGGUCCCGAAAAAGCACGAUCUCAAUUAUUAAUAUUAGAUCGUGGUUUUGAUUGUGUAUCACCAUUAUUACAUGAGCUAACAUUACAGGCAAUGGCCUAUGAUUUAUUACCAAUUGUUAAUGAUGUAUAUAAGUUUUGUCCAGGGCCUAAUCAACCGGAUAAAGAAGUUUUAUUAGAUGAAAAUGAUGAAUUAUGGGUUGAAUUACGUCAUCAACAUAUCGCUGUUGUUUCAACUCAGGUUACACAAAAUUUAAAAAAAUUCACUGAUUCAAAAAGAAUGUCAACAACUGACAAAGCAUCAAUGAGAGAUCUUUCACAAAUGAUUAAAAAAAUGCCACAAUAUCAGAAAGAAUUAUCAAAAUAUUCUACUCAUUUACAUUUGGCAGAAGAUUGCAUGAAAUCGUAUCAGAACUACGUUGACAAACUAUGCCGUGUUGAACAAGACCUUGCAAUGGGUACAGAUGCUGAAGGAGAGAAAAUUAAAGAUCAUAUGCGUAAUAUCGUCCCAAUUUUAUUGGAUGCGAAUGUUUCUAAUUAUGAUAAAGUUCGUAUUAUUGCAUUGUACGUUAUGAUUAAAAAUGGUAUAUCAGAGGAAAAUCUUACAAAAUUAUUUACACAUGCUCAACUCAGUCCAAAAGAUCAAGAUAUGAUUAGAAAUUUGAAUUAUUUGGGUGUCAAUGUCAUUUCAGAUGGUAAUCGUAAAAAACCAUAUUCAGUACCAAGAAAGGAAAGAAUCACUGAACAUACUUACCAGAUGUCACGUUGGACACCAGUAAUUAAAGAUGUUAUGGAAGAUUGUAUUGAAGACAAAUUGGAUAGUCGACAUUUCCAGUUUUUAGCAGGCCGUAAUCAAAAUCCUACUUAUCAUGCUGCACCUACCAGUGCACGAUAUGGACACUGGCAUAAGGAUAAAACACAAACAGCCGUAAAAAAUGUUCCAAGGCUAAUUGUAUUUGUUGUUGGUGGUGUUAGCAUGUCCGAAAUGCGAUGUGCCUAUGAAGUUACAAAUGCAGUUAAAAAUUGGGAAGUUAUAGUAGGUUCUUCUCAUAUUUUGACACCAGAAAUAUUUCUCAAUGAUGUUGGUAGUUUAUCUAAGGAAGAUUAAACUUAAAUAUUCAGGCAAAAUAACAAAAACAAAAUAUUUAAAUUUGUUUGGUUAUUAAUAGAAAACAAAAACAUAAAUAUAUACAUAUAUAUAAAACAAAAGAUAAAAUAAAAAGUUUUCCCUAAUAUUUUUUCCUCCACUUUCAUAUUUAUAAUAAUAUUAUAUUAUUCCUAAAAAACUAUUAAAGUUUUAUUAUGUAUAUGUUUAUAAUGAUAUAAAAUUUAUUAAAGGAAACGAAAAACAAAAAAAAAAAUACACAAAAAAGAUUUGCAAAAACUUAAUUUGUUUUUAAAUUUUUAGAAUAAUUAAAAUAAAAAGUUGUAUUACGAAAAUAAAAUAUAAUUAAUGAAGAAAAAAAAGAGGAUCUUUAAUAUUAUGCUCUAGACACACUACAGCUCAUAAUAACUUCAUAGUUUAUUAUUAUUCAUAAAUGUGAUUUAAAGCAAUAUUUUAAUCUAUUCAUGAACCAAAAGUAAAAUAUAAUAAAUUAUCGUGAAAUAUGAGUUGUGGUGCAUCAACGGCGUAUAAUUAUAACUAAAACAAAAAAUCAUAUAAAAUGUAAAGUUAUUUCAAAAAUACUAGAAAUAUAAAAAAAAGAAAAACAAAUAUUAAAUAAUUAAAUUUUAAAAGAAAAAAAAAAU